AAUAAAUUACAAUUUGUAGUAACAACAACGAAUUAAAUAUUUAUGUAAUAAUGUCUAAUGCAAACAUGCAGUGGUGUUAUUUGUUUAUUCUAUGUUUUCAAAGUACUAAGUAGACAGUACUCAGUAGUAUUUGAUUUAAUAUUAUGAAUUUUGUUUCGUAGAUAGUAUUAAUUUUUUUCUCAAACCAUUAAAAUAAUUAUUUAUAUAUAUAUAUAUUGUAACUAAAAGUUUUCUCUUCAAUAAGUUUUUGUUUGGUGUGACUGUGUCUGUAUAGUUUUAGUUUUAGUUAUAAUUUUUUUUUUUACCACAACUUUUUCUCUUCUCUCAUUUAAUACAAAAUUGAAAAAUAUCGACAUAGUAAUCCCAGAAAUGGCAGACUUAUCUUAUGCAUUACCUUUGUUGUUACUUCUGACUGCUACAAUGACUCACUUUUGCUUGCAUAGAGUUGAUGAAGGGCACGUGGCUGUCUAUUACAGGGGUGGAGCAUUACUAUCCCAAAUUAGUUAUCCUGGUUACCACAUCAUGAUGCCCUUCCUAACAACUUUUCGGUCUGUACAGGUGACACUUCAAACAGAUGAAGUAAAAAAUGUUCCUUGUGGCACAAGUGGUGGUGUAAUGAUUUAUUUUGAUCGAAUUGAAGUUGUCAAUAUUUUAAAUGCUGAUAGUGUUUAUGAUAUUGUUAAGAAUUAUACUGCAGAUUACGACAAGACUUUAAUAUUCAAUAAAGUACAUCAUGAACUUAAUCAGUUCUGUAGUGUUCAUAAUUUACAUGAAGUAUACAUAGAUCUAUUUGAUCAAAUUGAUGAAAAUCUUAAAGUAGCAUUGCAAAAAGAUUUAACAGAAAUGGCUCCUGGACUCAAAGUACAUGCUGUACGUGUCACUAAACCUAAAAUACCCGAGACCAUACGCAAAAACUAUGAAAUUAUGGAAGCCGAAAAAACUAAAUUACUCAUUGCUGAACAAAGACAAAAAGUCAUUGAAAAAGAAGCAGAAACAGAACGUAAACGUGCUAUUAUAGAAGCUGAAAAACAAGCACAAGUAUCAAAAAUUGAAUUUGAACAGAAAAUUAUGGAAAAAGAAUCUAUAAAACAAAUAUCUGUUAUAGAAGAUACAAUUCAUUUGGAUAAAGAAAAGAGCGCAGCAGAUGCCGAAUUCUACCGUAUUAAAAUGCAAGCCGAUUCUAACAAAUUAUUACUAACUAAAGAAUAUUUAGAAUUUAAACGCAUAGAAUCAUUAGGAAAUAAUACAAAACUUUAUUAUGGACCAGAUCUCCCAAAAGUUUUCAUGCAACAACAUAUUCCAUUAUAAAAAAAUAUUUAUUCAACUUGAACUGCAAUUGUGAUGUAUAAAUUGUAAGAACUGAAAAUAUAUCUUAAGAAUUCAGCGAGUGUUACUUUGUUACUAGUCAAUUUUGCAUGUAAAAAUAGUUUCAUAUAACCAAAUAUUUAAUCAAUAAGACACAUGUAUAAUAUAUACAUAUAUAUAUAUAUAU